ACCUUCAUUACAUACGCCCAGGUGCGCUCUCGCGCGAAGCGGGGGGCUUUUCUUUGUUUUUUUUUUCUUUAUUUUUGUAAUUUUGUGUGUUUUGCUGCGCGCGCGCGCGCGCAUCGGCUCCCCGGCGCACGCAGGCGCAAAAGGGAAAGAUAAAAGUGGAGUUGGCGCGCGGGGAGAGAGUGGGAGCGAGAGAGGAGGAAAAAGCGCCGUGACUGAGACUCAGAGACUGAAAAAGAGAGGAAGAAAGCGGCAGCUGCGGGUCGGGAUUCACUCGUCUGAGGGUCGCAGGGGAGCUGGAGCUGCACUGAGAGUCUGUGUGAGGCUCUCUGUACUCAGGGGAGACACGCGCGCGGAUAUAAUGCCCAGUAAGAAAGUGCUAGACACAGAAGUGAAAGGCACUCCAGAUGAAACUCCUAAAAACCCCACAGCUCGCUCCAGGAAGAGAAAGGCAGAUGUUGCUAUUCAUUUACAAGAUCCAGACGAGGAAGUUGCAGAGAUGACCAGAAAGAAGCAGUGUCCAUCCCCGACAAGCUGGAAUCCCAGCAUAAGUUGCACAAGCCCGUGUAGGCGGAUUCCAACGCCAGAUGAGGUUGAGGAACCGGUUGCCAUCAGCAGCGUGGGAUUCACUCAGUACACCUCCAGGAAUAUUUUCGUCACCCCCACACGGCCGUCCCCCCUGCCCGCCCUGUGCUGGGCCAGUAAAGAUGACGUUUGGAGCAACUUACUCAAAAAAGACAAGCUCUAUCCUCACGACACGCACGUCAUGGAGAGACACCCGAACCUUCAGCCCAAAAUGAGGGCCAUUCUGCUGGACUGGCUCAUGGAGGUGUGCGAGGUGUAUAAGCUACACAGGGAGACGUUUUAUUUGGGCCAGGAUUACUUUGAUCGUUUCAUGGCCACGCAAGAGGACGUCUGUAAAAGUACGCUGCAGCUCAUCGGCAUUUCCGCUCUGUUCAUCGCCGCCAAGAUGGAGGAAAUUUACCCCCCGAAGGUGCACCAGUUUGCGUACGUUACUGACGGAGCGUGCACGGGGGAGGAGAUUCUUAGCAUGGAGGUCAUCAUCAUGAAGGAACUGAAGUGGAGUCUGAGUCCUUUAACUCCAGUGGCCUGGAUCAACAUCUACAUGCAGAUGGCGUAUCUGAAGGACUCUGGUGAGGUUCUCAUGCCGCAGUACCCCCAGGCUACGUUCGUGCAGAUCGCUGAGCUCCUGGAUUUGUGCAUUCUGGAUGUGAAAAGUCUGGAGUUUUCAUACAGUUUGCUGGCAGCAUCCGCAUUAUUCCACUUCUCUUCACUGGAGCUUGUGAUGAAAGUCUCAGGGUUCAAGUGGAGUGAUGUGGAGCACUGUGUGAGGUGGAUGGUGCCGUUCGCCAUGUCGAUUCGGGAAGCGGGCAGCUCGUCUCUGAAGGCGUUUAAAGGCAUCCCGCAGGACGACACGCACAACAUCCAAACGCACGCGCCGUACCUGGAGUGGCUGGGGAGGGUGUAUGCGUAUGAGCUGGUGGAUUUGGAACGCAGCCAGAGAUCUCCCGUUCCCUCCGGAGUCCUGACGCCUCCACCCAGCAGCGAGAAGCCCGAGGGAUCGUCCUGCUGACCGCUCCUCACUGCGCGGUCCUCCGCUGUGGGAUUGGGACGCGGCCCAGAUCGUGGAAUGUGAGCGCGGCACGGUGGAGCGACGGAGCAUCAGCAGAGCAGAGCAAAGCUAUUAUAGGGUCAACACGAGCAUCAGCUUCUCCCAGCAUGCACAGCCAGCAACCUGCAAACUCUAUUUUUAUUUCUAAUGUCCAGACUUGAAACACCCUUUGAGGGUUUUGAUGGCUUUUUUUUUGUUUUGUUUAAUGGUUAUUUUUCCCUGGAGGGACAAACGCAGACCCACCUGCCAGAACUUCAGAGCGUCUGUUUGCCCUGAUUGCUGCUAAAGGUGGUGGGGUGGACGAUGGACAGAAAAACCCGAAAUAAAUUAGUGUGUGUGUGUGAGAGAGAGAGAGAAAGAGAGAGAGAGUGUGAACGAGUGUGAGGUUCAGACUACAGAGGAAAUCCUGCCAGAACUCACGGCUGUUCUGGAUUUCAGCUUCAGAAGCUACGAGAUAUAUUUUAACUUUUUUUCUUCUUCUUCUUCUGGUUGGCUCCUGAGUGUGACUUUUACCAAAAUUAUUUUUUUUUUCUGAUUUUAAAUGAGAUGCUGCUACUUUUAUGUAUUUUAUAAGACAAAAUAAAAGUCUA